UAAAUCCAUUAGCAUCAUGGAGGACAUCAGUACGUCAACGUUGUUAUGAUGCAGGAGUAGCUGCACUAUUUCUAUCUAAUGAUACAAGUUCUCGUGUAUCUGCAAAUGCAUUUCUAACACAAGUUUGUAUUCCAAAUCAAUUUUUAAUAGUCGAUGAUCCCAAUGAAGCAUUUAAUUGUCUUAUAAAUGCUAGUAGACAACCUGAUUUAAUUUGUUUAUCUAGACGUCGAGGACAAAAUUGUAAAUGCGAUUAUACAAAGAGAACAAAAGCAGUUUUGGCUAUGACUGUUUUAUCAGCAUUGUCACUUGGAAUUUUAAUGUUUUUAUCACAUUUAGUAGCCUUUGUCAAGAUAGAUUAUAUAUUACGAUGGCUAAUUCCACUUUGUUUUGUUCUUUUACUAUUUUCAAUACUAUGUAUUGUUGUAGCAAUAAGUACUGCAGGUGGAAAGUUAGAUGAAGAUUUAUAUCAUCUUCGUUCUCGUUGGGCUGCUAUUGAAGAAUUUUCUGCAGAUGGACCAAUUAAUGAAAAUUGGGAAGCAAGAUUUAUCAAUUUAACGCAUGCAGAAUACCAUGUAAAAGUCGGAUGGUGUUUCGGAAUGGAAAUUCUCGCACUCUACUUUUCUCUUGUUUCAUUAGUUAUUUAUGCACUUAUGUUCUUUGCUAAAUCACGACCUGAUCCAAGAGAAAAAUAA